AUGACCAGCUACAUUGAACCAGAAGAUCUCAAGUCCAUCGUCAAGGAUUCAUCUCUUACACCCCAGAAAGACUAUGUCAUUGUCGAUGUCAGAGACCUAGACUACGAAGGUGGUCAUAUUCCAGGUGCAGUUAAUGUACCAGCUCAUGAACUGAUGGAUAAGGCAAACACAUUGGUUGAAGAAUAUAAAGAUGUUCCCUUGGUAAUUUUUCACUGUGCUUUGUCCCAAGUUAGAGGUCCCAAGUCAGCAAGGAUCUAUAAUGAGACCAAGAGUCUCUUGAAGCCUGAGUCUACUCAACAGGUCAAGAUACUUCGUGGUGGUUUUGAAGGCUGGCACGCAAAGUUUAAGCAAGAUCAGAGUUUAUUGGAAUCCUAUGAUCCUGCUGUGUGGCAGUGGGCUACCUAA